GCUAAGGCCGUGAGAUUCCCAAUAAACCAGAGUUUUUAAAAUUUGACAUUAGGCGCUUGUAUAUGUGCACGUCUAGAGACCAUCAGGUCUUCUAUCAAGCCAAUAGUUCUUCGUACGUCACUCCAGGUUGUUAGUUAAUUCAAGAGAAAUAAUCUGCAGGUAUAUGCCGUAUCAAUAUGGCGUCAUUUUCCUGAGGUCGUCGUGGUAUAAUUAGGAAGAUAUUCAUUUGAGAGUACUUCCAUUCGCAGUAUCAAGCUUUGAAAUUACACUGAGUCCCUCGAAAUAACAAUUCCUUCACUCCUGCCCCGGUCAUGAAUAUGACUUCCCUACGAGUCCUAAAACCAAAUACACUAUACAUUACCAAACAAGAGAUGUAUCCAAAGAACCUCUAGGGAAUAAGAAUGCUGUAAGUAGUCCUGCACCACUCUCCCUUCAGCCAUGAUCACUGACUAUUGAUAGAGAAUAAGUGCAUACAUAUCGGGGUCGAAAGAUCCAUGGCAUGGAAUUUGAAGCACAGUAAACCCAAUAAUACCCAAGAACGAAUCUCGUUCCACCAACAGAACAUUAAAAUUCCAAAAAUUCAACCUAAGACAUAAUUCUGGAAGUUUUUUUCUCUGGGAAAUCAUGCCAUCGAACAAACGACUGAUGAAUCGUCUUAAGCAUAUGUAUGUGAGCAACAGGCAUGAAAAUUGGACGGCGUCGAAAUCUUCAUUACGUCUUUUACAGAUGUUACAUGGAGGUCAUCAUAGAAUCAAUUUAUUAUUCGAGCCCAUUAUUCGUGAGUGGAAUAACUUUACACAACUAUACUGUGAGAAAGUUGGAAUUAUAGGCCAAAUACAUAGAGGUUUUUAACCAAUCAAUCACAUGACCUUCUGUAGUUAGAUAUAAAAAAAGAGCUUUUGUUUUUUCUUUCUAUAAUAAUCAAUUUUCUAUAUAUAUAUAUUUGAACCUAUAUAAUAUCAACCUCAAAACUAUUGUGAACCUUGUUUUCUCUAUAAAUGAUGUAUUACAGUGUGAUCCAAUUCAGCUUUCUCUUCCAAUUCCCUCCUCACAGCAUGCUAUCGGGACGCACGUAUCUCGACCUACCACUUUUACAAUACCAACUGUUGCUAAUCGAUUUAAAGCCGCUCAUGCAUCUAGUGUUUUAGAACCAUUCAAAAAGUUGAAACUGGUCUUUCCUUUCAACAUAGGGGAUUAUUACCUAGUAAUUUAACGAUUUUAAGAAUACAACCUGGCGAGAAUAUUCAAAAAGUAGAAUACGAUAAUUCUGUCGAAUCUAUACCUACUUUGAAGAUCAUAGAUGUACUCUCAGAACAUCCACAUCAUCACCAUCACCAUAAAUAUCGCCGUCAUCAUCAUAACCGUCCUAGUUUAAUCUCCCGGAAAAGCUCUUGGCACAGAGUUCAGCAUUAUUACGAUCAUAGAAGUUCAAGGAAUAGGGAUGAACCUCUUCGAGAUUAUUCACUCCGGAGAAAGAGAAUGGAUAGUGCCUUGGUCGAGCCGAUAAUUAACGAGCACAUGGAAUCAUCUACAUGUUUUCAUCAGAAUCGAUUACGAAGAGUUUCAGUAGCUUAUCCAUUGGCAACAGCUUAGCCUUUGAAUUUACUAGCUAGAGCUCUACUAGUGGAAGGUCACGCAAUACAGCCUGCGAAUCUUCCACAAGCGAUUGUCGUACCUCAGUACUCACAAGUCAUUCCAACAGUGACAAAUGGCCAGCCUCUUCCACCACAGGCUGUCGGAUCGAUUUCAAUGCUAAUUUCUACUUCUGCAUCUAGCAGACGUCGAUCUUUGUCUCCAACCCCAGGCUACAGGCACCAUCGUACAGAUAUCAGCUCUAGAACUCGUUAAAGCACCUCCAUUGAUUGUGACCCCUCUAAUACCCAUCGUAAUCCUCGGAACUCCGGACCUGAAGCAAGUCAUUACAAGGAUUUUGAUUCUAAACGGGAUAAUAACAGUUUCAAUCACGAAUAUCAUCAUGAGCUCCGAGAAACAUUAUCUCAUAUCAAAAACAAGUUGAUGCAUCCAGUUCCACCAAUAUCAUCGGCUGGCUCAGUUGCA